GUUGAUUAAAGAUUGAAAUAUUUAUGGAUUUCUUUAAGGCUCUUGAUCGAGGUGCUGCAUUAUUGAAAGUAGAUAAGGUGGCUACAGGACAUAAUGCAGAUGACAUUGCCGAAACAGUUCUCUUAAACAUAUUGCGUGGGGAUAUCGCUAGACUGAGUAGAUGCACAUCAAUAACUACUGGUGAAGAUGGACCAAUCCCACGAUGCAAACCUUUUAAGUACACUUACGAAAAGGAGAUUGUGAUGUAUGCUUAUUUCAAGAGGCUUGACUACUUCUCCACAGAAUGCAUAUACUCUCCAAAUGCAUAUCGUGGAUUUGCCCGUGAGUUCAUCAAAGAUUUGGAAAGAAUAAGACCAAGGGCUAUACUUGAUAUCAUCAAAUCAGGCGAGAAUUUCAGAAUUUCUACAUAUACAAAGAUGCCAGAGCAGGGAACCUGUGAACGAUGUGGCUACAUUUCUAGCCAGAAGUGGUGUAAAGCCUGUGUUUUAUUGGAGGGACUAAACCGGGGUUUGCCAAGGAUGGGCAUUGGGCGUACUCGAGGCGUCAAUGAUGAGCAGAAGGAUAUGAAACAGAGUAGUAUAAAAAGUAUUGAGAGCAAACAAUGUGGAAGUUUGGACUUCUAGUGUUGAAUGAGUGCAGUUAUACUUUGCUUGCCGGAAAUGAUGGGGCAAAAAUAUGCUCGGUUUGGAUUGAGGGCUGAAAUUAAAUUUCAUUUUCAUAUUUGCCACUGAAUAUUUUUUGACACCAUAGGGGGAUUACAGCAUUCUAUUGCUCCCACAAAGAAGAGGAAAGACUAAGGAAGAGUAGUAGAGGCACCAUAUAAUUUGGUGCCUUGUUGUAAUGCUUAUCGUUCUUGCUCGAAAUUUUCCGAGAUCUGUUUUUAGCAAAUUUGUACUCUGAGUUUUAUCUUAUAACUGCUUUUAGAA